AUGAAGUUUUCCGCUGUUCUCGUCGCCCUGGCUGCUGCCUCGGCCGAAGCUCACUACACCUUCGGCCGGCUCGUUUACGGCGGCACGACGUACCCCGAAUGGCAGUACGUGCGCAAGACGCUCAACUUCUACAGCAACGGGCCGACGGACGGGGUGUCGUCGACGCAGAUCCGGUGCUACGAGGCGGACGCCAAGGAUAGAGGCACAGUGCAGACGCUGCCCGUGACGGCGGGCUCGACCAUCGGGUUCGCGGCCAACUCCAACGUCGGCCACCCGGGCCCGGCGAGCAUCUGGAUGGCCAAGGUGCCAGCGGGCCAGACGGCGGCGACGUGGGACGGCGCGGGGUCACAGUGGUUCAAAAUUUACCAUGAGCAGCCGAAGGUUACGAGCAACGGACUGGAGUGGGCUUCGUUGAACGCGUUGGUCCUCUCGGCCAAGAUCCCGUCGUGCCUGGCGUCGGGCGAGUACCUCGUGCGGGUGGAGCACCUGGCGCUGCACGCGGCGGGAGACACCGGCGGCGCGCAGUUUUACUUGUCGUGCGCGCAGGUGUCGCUCUCGGGCGGGGGCAGCACGACGCCGUCGGGGCUUGUUUCGUUCCCGGGGGCGUACAAGGCGACGGAUCCCGGCAUCCUGUUUAAGCUGUACUGGCCCAUCCCGACCAGCUACACGAACCCGGGCCCGGCCCCGUUCACGUGCUGA